AUGGCAGAGAACCAGUCUGGUGUGGCAGAGAUGGAGGAAUUCUUGCCCCAUGGCACCGAGAAGAAGCAGACGCACUUCACCGAUUUCGAAGGGAAGACAUCUUUUGGGAUGUCCAUCUUCAACCUGAGCAAUGCCAUCAUGGGCAGCGGUAUCCUGGGGCUGGCCUAUGCCAUGGCCAACACCGGCAUCAUUCUCUUCCUCUUCCUCCUGACGGCAGUGGCCCUGCUCUCCAGCUACUCCAUCCACCUGCUGCUCAAGUCCUCCGGCAUCGUGGGCAUCCGCGCCUACGAGCAGCUGGGCUAUCGAGCCUUCGGCACACCGGGGAAGCUGGCUGCAGCCAUCGCCAUCACACUGCAGAACAUCGGAGCCAUGUCCAGCUACCUGUACAUCGUCAAAUCCGAAGUGCCUCUUGUCAUCCAGACCUUCCUCAACCUGGAGGAGAAGACCACGGACUGGUACAUGAAUGGGAACUACCUGGUGAUCCUGGUUUCUGUCACCAUUAUCCUGCCCCUGGCCCUCAUGAAGCAGCUGGGCUACCUCGGCUAUGCCAGCGGCUUCUCCCUCAGCUGUAUGGGCUUCUUCCUCAUCUCGGUCAUCUAUAAGAAGUUCCAGAUCCCCUGCCCGCUCCCUGAGCAGGAGGGGAACCUCACAGGGAGCCUCAACACCACCCCCGUCAGCACCAGUGACUACCAGAAUGGCUACACCAUCCUCCAGGCCCCUGAGCAGGGCACCUGCACCCCCAGCUUCUUCACCCUGAACUCCCAGGUAGCAUACACCAUCCCCAUCAUGGCCUUCGCCUUCGUCUGCCACCCCGAGGUCCUGCCCAUCUACACCGAGCUGAAGGACCCCUCCAAGAAGAAGAUGCAGUGCAUCUCCAACAUCUCCAUCAUGGUCAUGUACCUCAUGUACUUCUUGGCCGCCCUCUUCGGCUACCUCACAUUCUACGGCCGCGUGGAGUCGGAGCUGCUGCACACCUACAACAAGGUGGACCCCUUUGACGUGCUCAUACUGUGCGUGCGGGUGGCUGUGCUGACGGCCGUCACCCUCACCGUCCCCAUCGUCCUCUUCCCGGUGCGCCGGGCCAUCCAGCAGAUGCUGUUCCAAGGGAAGGACUUCAGCUGGAUCCGCCAUGUCAGCAUCGCCGUGGUCCUGCUGACCUUCAUCAACCUCUUGGUCAUCUUCGCCCCCUCCAUCCUUGGCAUCUUUGGCCUGAUCGACGCCAGGGUGACGGACACCCCCUGA